GAAUAUUCUUUCCCCAGACAAGAAGAAGUCGAAGAAGCGGCGUAACGAGGAGGAGGAAGAGGAGGAGGAUGACGCGGCAGCAGGAGCGGACUCGGAGGAAGCUCUUCCCUCUGCUGCCGGCAAGCAGGUGGAGGAGGCUGUGGUCAAGGAGGACGAGUAUGGAGCCAAGGACUACAGGACCCAGAUGUCCCUGAAGGAUGACCACUCCUCCCGGCCACUCUGGGUGGCUCCCGACGGGCACAUUUUCCUGGAAGCCUUCUCACCGGUCUACAACUACGCUCAGGACUUCCUGGUGGCGAUCUCCGAGCCGGUGUGCCGCCCCACGCACACGCACGAGUACAAGCUGACCGCCUACUCCCUGUACGCGGCGGUCAGCGUGGGCCUGCAGACCAGCGACAUCAUCGAGUACCUGCAGAAACUCAGCAAGACCUCCAUUCCCGAUGGCAUCCUGCAGUUCAUUAAGCUCUGCACCGUUAGCUAUGGGAAGCUGAAGCUGGUGCUGAAACACAACAGGUACUUUGUGGAGAGCACCCACCCCGACGUGAUCCAGAGGGUGCUGCAGGACAAGGUGAUCAAGCAGUGCCGACUGCGCACAGCAGAGGGCGACGAGACGGAACUCAUCAUGGGGACUGUCUCCAGUAAAUCCGCCAUGUUGAUGCCCAAAUCCACAACGCAGAACAACGGGGCCGCCUCAACCUCCCGGAGCGAGGAGCCAGUCGCUCCCAAACCCGACGUCCCCGCGGACCUGUUUGAAUUCUACGAGCAGAUGGACAAGGACGAGGAGGAGGAGGAGGAACAACACACCGUCUCGUUUGAAGUCAAGCAGGAGAUGAUCGAGGAGCUGCAGAAACGCUGCAUCCACAUGGAGUAUCCGCUGCUGGCCGAGUACGACUUCAGGAACGACACGGUCAACCCCGACGUCAACAUCGACCUGAAGCCCACUGCCGUGCUGCGGCCCUACCAGGAGAAGAGCCUGCGCAAGAUGUUCGGCAACGGCCGCGCUCGCUCCGGGGUCAUCGUCCUCCCUUGCGGUGCGGGGAAGUCGCUGGUGGGCGUGACGGCGGCCUGCACCAUUCGCAAGCGGUGCCUGGUGCUGUGCACCUCGGCCGUGUCCGUGGAGCAGUGGAAGUCCCAGUUCAAGAUGUGGUCCACCAUCGACGACAGCCAGAUCUGCCGCUUCACCUCUGACGCCAAGGACAAGCCCAUCGGCUGCUCGGUGGCCAUCAGCACCUACUCCAUGCUGGGGCACACCACCAAGCGGUCGUGGGAGGCCGAGCGGGUCAUGGACUGGCUCAAGAGCCAGGAGUGGGGCCUGAUGCUGCUCGACGAGGUGCACACCAUCCCCGCGAAGAUGUUCCGGCGGGUGCUGACCAUCGUGCAGGCCCACUGCAAGCUGGGACUGACGGCCACGCUGGUGCGGGAAGACGACAAGAUCGUUGACCUCAACUUCCUCAUCGGGCCCAAGCUCUUCGAAGCCAACUGGAUGGAGCUGCAGAACAGCGGCUACAUCGCCAAGGUGCAGUGUGCUGAGGUGUGGUGCCCGAUGUCGCCGGAGUUUUACAGGGAGUACGUGGCCAUCAAAACCAGGAAGCGUAUGCUGCUGUAUGUGAUGAACCCCAACAAGUUCCGCGCCUGCCAGUUCCUCAUCCGCUUCCACGAGCGGAGAAACGACAAGAUCAUCGUAUUCGCCGACAACGUGUUUGCGCUGAAGGAGUACGCCAUCCGGCUGAACCGGCCGUACAUCUAUGGCCCCACCUCGCAGGGGGAGAGAAUGCAGAUCCUGCAGAACUUCACGCACAACCCUAAGAUCAACACUAUUUUCAUCUCCAAGGUUGGCGACACCUCGUUCGAUCUCCCCGAGGCCAAUGUGCUGAUCCAGAUCUCCUCACACGGGGGGUCCCGACGGCAGGAGGCCCAGCGGCUGGGCAGGGUGCUGAGGCCAAAAAAGGGGAUGGUCGCCGAGGAGUACAACGCCUUCUUCUACUCCCUGGUGUCCCAGGACACACAGGAGAUGGCUUACUCCGCCAAGAGGCAGCGCUUCCUGGUGGACCAGGGUUACAGCUUCAAGGUGAUCACCAAGCUGGCUGGCAUGGAGGAGGAGGACCUGUCCUUCAGCUCCAAGGAUGAGCAGCAGCAGCUUCUGCAGAAGGUCCUGGCCGCGUCCGACCUGGAUGCUGAGGAGGAGGUGGUGCUCGGCGAGUUCAACUCCAAGGGACAGAUCUGCCGGCGUGCCGGCUCGAUGGGCUCCAUGUCGGGAGCGGACGACACCGUUUACAUGGAGUACCAGCGGAGCAAGAGCUUCGGGAAGAACAUCCACCCUCUCUUCAAACGCUUCAGGAAGUGAGAGGGUGGGGAGCAGAGGCCGACAUCGGAGGUCAGAAUAGUGUUCGCGUUGAAAACCGCAGCGGCGUUGCCCGUGAUAUU